AUGGCGAGCCCCGCCGUGCUGGGGCUGCUGCCCCCCCUGAGCUCCCCGCCCGGCCCCAACCUCAACAACAACAACAACAACAACCAGGGCGUGAGGAAGUGCGGGUACCUGCGCAAGCAGAAGCACGGCCACAAGCGCUUCUUCGUGCUGCGGGGCCCGGGCGGCGGGGAGGAGGCGGGGGGCGCCCGGCUGGAGUACUACGAGAGCGAGAAGAAAUGGAGGAACAAGUCCGGGGCGCCCAAGCGGGUGAUCGCCCUGGACUCCUGCCUCAACAUCAACAAGCGGGCGGACGCCAAGCACAAGUACCUCAUCGCCCUCUACACCAAGGACGAGUACUUCGCCGUGGCGGCCGAGAACGAGCAGGAGCAGGAGGGCUGGUACCGGGCGUUCACCGACCUGCUCAACGAGGGCAAGGCGGCCUGCCAGGGGUCCCCCCACCGCCACCUCGCCUCCCCCUUCUCCGCCUCCUGCAGCGCGGCCGCCGCCUCCCUGGCCGCCGCCGGCGAGGACCUCAGCUACGGGCUGAUCGCCCCGGCCGCCGCUGCCUACCGGGAGGUCUGGCAGGUGACGCUGAAGCCCAAAGGCUUGGGGCAGAGCAAAAACCUCACCGGCGUCCACCGGCUCUGCCUCUCGGCCCGCACCAUCGGCUUCGUGCGCCUCAACUGCGAGCUGCCCUCGGUCACGCUGCAGCUGAUGAACAUCCGCCGCUGCGGCCACUCCGACAGCUUCUUCUUCAUCGAGGUGGGGCGCUCGGCGGCCACCGGCCCCGGCGAGCUCUGGAUGCAGGCGGACGACUCGGUGGUGGCCCAGAACAUCCACGAGACCAUCCUGGAGGCCAUGAAGGCGCUGAAGGAGCUGUACGCCUUCCGGCCCCGCAGCAAGAGCCAGUCCUCCUCCUCCUCCUCCUCCGGUGGGGCCGCCGGGCCCGGCGGCGGCGCCUCCGCCACCCACCCCAUCACCGUGCCCGGCCGCCGGCACCACCACCUGGUCAACCUGCCCCCCAGCCAGACCGGCCUCCUCCGCCGCUCCCGCACCGACAGCCUCGCCGCCGGCGCCGGCAGCAAGUGCACGCCGUGCCGGGUGCGGACGGCCAGCGAGGGCGACGGCUGCCGGGCGGGGAAGCUGCUGCCGGUGCUGGCCGGCGGCGGCCUGCAGAGCAGCCGCUCCAUGUCCAUGCCCGCCUCCCACUCGCCCCCCUCCGCCACCAGCCCCGUCAGCCUCUCCUCCAGCAGCGGCCUGGGCUCCGAGGCGGCCCCCCCGCAUCACCCGCAGCGCCCGUCCAGCGGCAGCGCCUCCGUCUCCGGCUCCCCCAGCGACGCCGGCUUCAUGUCCUUCGACGAGUACGGCUCCAGCCCGGGCGGCGACCUGCGGCCCUUCUCCUCCUCCUCCACCGCCAGCAACCGCAGCAACACCCCCGAGUCGGUGGCCGAGACCCCCCCGGUGCGGGACCCCGGGGGCGGCACCGACCUCUACGGCUACAUGGCGAUGGAGCGGCCCCCGAGCGGCCGCCUCUGCUACCGGCCCUGCACCGACGCCGCGGCCGACCGGGGCCAUCGGAAGCGGACCUACUCCCUGACCACCCCGUGCCGGCAGCGGCCCCCCCCGCCGCAGGUCUCCUCCGCCUCCCUCGACGAGUACACGCUGAUGCGCGCCACCUUCGCCGGCAGCGCCGGCCGCCUCUUCCCCUCCUGCCAAGCCGGGGCUUCCCCCAAAGUGACCUACACCCCCUACCCCGAGGACUACGGGGACAUCGAGAUCGGCUCCCACCGCAGCUCCGGCAGCAGCAGCACCAACCUGGGGCCGCCGGCAGCGGGUGGAGGAGGAGGAGGAGGGGGGGGAGAUGACGACGGCUACAUGCCCAUGACCCCCGGCGUGGCCGCCGCCUUGGGCCAGGGAAGCCGGGGCGGCGAUGACUACAUGCCCAUGAGCCCCACCAGCGUGUCCGCCCCCAAGCAGAUCCUGCAGCCCCGGGCGGGGCUGGGUGGCGGGUCCCCGGGGAACAGGAGCGGCUACAAGACCAGCUCGCCCGGGGAGAGCUCCCCCGACGACAGCGGGUACAUGCGGAUGUGGUGCGGCUCCAGGCUCUCCGUGGAGAGCUCGGACGGGAGGCUGAGCUGCGGCGACUACAUCAACAUGUCCCCUCGGGACCCCCAGCACGGGCCCCAGGCUCCCUCCCUCACCCCCCCGGACUUCUUCUUCGCCCCUUCAGGGCACGGGCCCGGCGAGCCCCCCAAGCCCGGCUGCUAUUCGUACAGCUCCUUACCCCGCUCCUACAAGAGCCAGGGCCCGGCGAAGGACAGCGACCAGUACGUCUUCAUGAACUCCCCGGGGAGGACGAUCCCGGAGGAGGCGGUGUGCGGAGCGGGCCGGUCGCCCGCCGGCACCUUCGCCCCCUGCAGCCACACGGUGCCUUCGCCCCUGCGGCACAGCCGGACCGAGAGCUUCCUGAGCCAGCGGUGCCAGCGGGCGGCCCGGCCCAGCCGCCUCUCCCUGGAGACCUUGCGGACGAUGCUGCCCAGCAUGAACGAGCACCCUCUGCCGCCCGAGCCCAAGAGCCCCGGCGAGUACAUCAACAUCGACUUCGGGGAUGCCGCCGUCUAUUCGCCCCCCUCGCUGCCCGCCGACAGCCCGGCCUCCUCCCUGGGCUCAGGCACGGGGCAGAGGCGCUCCCCACUCUCUGACUACAUGAACAUCGACUUCGGGUCGCAGUCGCCCUCCCAGUCGGGCACGGUCUCGGUGGGCUCCCUGGAAGCGCUCUCGCCGGGCUCUUCCUCCAGCACCAGCCAGCCCGAGGGGCGCUACCUGAAGGCGGCUGUGGGGGUGGCCUGUUCGUCCAGCCCGUCCGAUGGCGGGGAUUACACCGAGAUGACCUUUGGCAUGGCCACCACCCCACCCCAACCCAUCGUUCAGAAGCCAGAAAGUGCCCGGGUCGACAGCCCCACGGCUGGGGUGAAGAGGCUCACCCUCUCCGGGGUGGAGGCUUUCAUCCUCUCCAGCCCUCCCCCGGACCCCAACCGGGGGGCCAAGGUCAUCCGGGCGGAUCCCCAGGGGCGCAGGAGGCACAGCUCGGAAACCUUCUCCUCCACCACCACUGUGACCCCCGUGUCCCCCUCCUUCGCACACAACCCCAAACGGCACAACUCGGCCUCGGUGGAGAACGUGUCCCUCAGGAAAAGCGAAGGCCUGGAGGAGGAGCAGGGUAGCAGCCCCAUGUGCCGGGAGACCUCGGCUGGCUUCCAGAACGGCCUCAACUACAUCGCCAUCGACGUGGUGGACGGGACCCUGGCAAACUGUGACAAAGCCAGGUCGAGAGCCAGGCACGUCCUGAACGGCGGCGUCAACGGCGUGGAGAUGAGCACCUAUGCCAGCAUAGACUUUCUGUCUCACAACCUGAAAGAAGCGAGUGCUGUGAAAGGUGAGUAG